AUGUCCACAUUCAGACUGGGUGACCAUGUGUGGCUGGAUUCACCCUCCACCAACAAGGUCGGCGUGGCCAUCGGCGGCGUCAUCAAAGAGACUAAGCCAGGCAAGCUUCUGGUUGAAGAUGACGAGGGCAAGGAGCACUGGAUCCGAAUGGAGGAGCUUGGGGUCCUCAGCCCCAUGCACCCCAGCUCCGUCGAGGGUGUGGAGGACAUGAUCCGCUUGGGAGACCUCAACGAGGCAGGCAUGGUGCACAACCUGCUCAUCCGCUACCAGCAGCACAAGAUAUAUACCUACACAGGCUCUAUCCUAGUGGCCGUGAACCCAUUCCAGGUGCUUCCCCUGUACACCCUGGAGCAAGUGCAGCUGUACUACAACCGCCAUGUGGGCGAGCUGCCCCCUCACAUCUUUGCCAUUGCCAACAGCUGCUACUUCAACAUGAAGAAGAAUAAGCAGGACCAGGGCUGCGUCAUCAGUGGCGAGUCUGGGGCUGGGAAGACUGAGACCACCAAACUCAUCCUGCAGUUUCUGGCCACCGUAAGCGGCCAGCAUUCGUGGAUCGAGCAGCAAGUCCUGGAGGCCAACCCAAUCCUGGAAGCCUUUGGCAACGCCAAGACCAUCCGCAAUGACAACUCGAGCCGCUUUGGGAAGUACAUCGACAUCUAUUUCAACGCCAGUGGGGUCAUCGAGGGGGCACGCAUCGAGCAGUUCCUCUUGGAGAAGUCUCGGGUCUGCCGCCAGGCUGCAGAAGAACGGAAUUACCACAUCUUCUACUCCAUGCUGAUGGGCAUGGGCGCCGAGGAGAAGCAUCUGCUGGGCCUGGGGACGCCCUCUGAGUACCACUACCUGACCAUGGGCAACUGCACCUCCUGCGAAGGGCUGGAUGAUGCCAAGGACUACGCCCAUGUCCGCUCUGCCAUGAAGAUCCUCCUGUUCUCUGACUCUGAGAACUGGGACCUGAGCAAGCUGCUGGCGGCCAUUCUCCAUCUGGGGAACGUGGAGUUCAUGGCCGCGGUGUUCGAGAACUUGGAUUCCUCUGAUGUGAUGGACACACCUGGCUUUCCCAUGGUGAUGAAGUUACUGGAGGUACAGCACCAGGCGCUCCGGGAGUGCCUGAUCAAGCACACCAUCCUCAUCCGGGGAGAGUACGUCUCCAGGCCCUUGAACAUCGCCCAGGCGGCAGACCGCAGGGAUGCCUUCGCCAAGGCCAUCUACGGGCACCUCUUCCUGUGGGUUGUCAAGAAGAUCAACACCGCCAUCUACCCACCUCCCUCCCAAGACCCCAAGCAUGUCCGGAGAUCCAUCGGCCUGCUGGACAUAUUCGGCUUUGAAAACUUCCAAAGCAAUAGCUUCGAGCAGCUCUGCAUCAACCUGGCCAAUGAGCACUUGCAGCAGUUCUUCGUGCAGCACGUGUUCACCAUGGAGCAGGAGGAAUACCGCAUAGAGAACAUCACCUGGGACCACAUCCACUACACUGACAACAGGCCCACCCUGGACCUCCUGGCCCUCAAACCCAUGAGUGUCAUCUCCCUCCUGGAUGAAGAGAGCCGCUUCCCGCAGGGCACAGACCUGACCAUGCUGCAGAAGCUGACUAGCAUCCAUGCCAACAACAAGGCCUUCCUGCAUCCCAAGAACAUCCACGACGCCAGGUUCGGCAUCGCCCACUUCGCCGGCGAGGUGUACUACCAAGCCGAAGGCUUCCUGGAGAAGAAUCGAGACAUACUGAGCAAAGACAUCCUGACUCUGGUCUACUCCUCCAAAAACAAUUUCCUCCGGGAGAUUUUCAACCUGGAGUCGGCCGAGACCAAGCGGGGCCAGAGCACCAUCCGACAGGCAAAUCCCAAGAGCCAGUCCUUCAAGUCCACGGACUCCACCAAGAGGCCCUCCACCCUGGCUGGCCAGUUCAAGCAAUCCCUGGACCAGCUGAUGAAAAUCCUGACCAGCUGCCAGCCCUACUUCAUCCGCUGCAUCAAGCCCAAUGAGUACAAGAAGCCUCUGCUUUUCGAUCGCGAGCUGUGCCUGCAGCAGCUGCGCUACUCCGGCAUGAUGGAAACUGUGCGUAUCCGCAAGUCUGGCUUCCCAGUUCGCUACGCCUUCGAGGAGUUCUCACAGAGGUUCCGGGUGCUGCUGCCCAGCGCUGAGCGCCUGCAGCUAAAGGACAAGUUCCGCCAGAUGACACUGCGCAUCGUUGAGGCAUAUCUGGAAGAUGACAAGGAAUGGAAAAUGGGAAAGACCAAGAUUUUCUUAAAGGAUCACCAAGACACGCUACUGGAAAUCCAGAGGGGCAAGGCUCUGGACAGAGCGGCCGUGAGCAUCCAGAGAGUCAUGCGGGGCUACAGACACAGGAAGGAGUUCCUGAAGCAGAGACAGUCGGCUGUGGUGCUGCAGGCUGCAUGGCGAGGCUACUGCAGCAGGAAGAAUUUCAAGCUGAUCCUCCUGGGCUUCGAACGCCUGCAGGCCAUUGCCCGUAGCCACCUGCUGACCAGGCAGUUCCAGGCCUUGCGACAGAAGAUGGUGCAGCUGCAGGCCCGCUGCAGGGGCUAUCUGGUGCGCCAGCAAGUGCAGGCCAAGAAGAAGGCAGUGGUCAUCAUCCAGGCACAUGCCAGGGGCAUGGCUGCCCGCCGGAACUUCCAGCGCCAGAAGGGCCUGGUGGUCACCCCAACUGGGAAGCCCAAGAAUCGAAGCCUUCCCCCUGCCAAGAAGCGUGCAUCCAUCUAUGACACUGUCACCGACACCGAGAUGGUAGAGCAGCUGUUUGGCUUCCUCCCUGCCAUGAUCGGGGGCCAGGAGGGUCCAGCCCCACUACGCUUCGAGGACCUGGAACCCAAAACCCAGAACAAGAGCCAGGCCCAGAAGCUGCCUGAGAUUGACCUGGAUGCAGUCCCCAUGCUGGAGGAGCCCAAGGAAGAUGAGGACGGCCUGGCCGAGUACAGCUUCCCCAAGUUCGCAGCCACUUACUUCCAGAAAUCAGCCAGCCACACAUACAUCCAACGGCCACUCCGCUACCCGCUGCUCUACCAUGAGAGUGACACUGACUGCCAGGCUGCGCUGGCCGUGUGGACCAUCAUCCUGAGGUUCAUGGGCGAUCUCCCGGAGCCCAUGCUCUACGCCAGGAGCAGCCUGCACGGUGGCUCCAUGUUGCGGCAGAUCCAUGAUGCCCUGGCCGUGGAUGGCAGUUUGCGGGCUUCACCACAUGCUGCAUCCUCCCUGGGUCACAGGGACAAAGGAACAAAAGACAUAUCCUCCAUGAAGCUGAAACGCUCCUCCCGCAUCACGAGCCAGGUGGCCAGCCAGUUGAACACUGGGGAAGAUGCCUUGGACCCUGACGGCCCCAUCUCAGACAGACCCAUGUCCAACCUGGAGAAGGUGCACUUCAUCGUGGCCUACGCCAUCCUGAAGCCCGACCUCAGGGAUGAGAUCUACUGCCAGAUCUGCAAGCAACUAUCAGGGAAUGCCAAGAAGAGCAGCGUGGCACGGGGCUGGAUCCUGCUGAGCCUCUGCCUGGGCUGCUUCCCGCCCUCAGAGAGGUUCAUGAAGUACCUGCUGAACUUCAUCAGCCAAGGGCCGGUGGGCUAUGGGCCUUUCUGUGCGGAACGCCUGCGCCGUACCUGUGCCAAUGGAGUACGCAUGGAGCCCCCCACCUACCUGGAGCUGCAGGCUGUCAAGUCCAAGAAGCACAUACCCAUCAACGUCAUCCUGAUCAACGGAGAGAGCCUGACGGUCAUGGUGGACUCGGCCUCCACGUCCCGCGAGAUCUGCCAGCACAUCGCCCAGAAGCAGGACCUCAGAGACUACCUGGGCUUCUCCCUCCAGGUCGCUGUGUAUGACAAGUUCUGGUCCCUGGGCUGUGGACGUGACCACCUGAUGGACGCCGUGGCCCAGUGUGAGCAGCUGGCCCAGGAGAAGGGUGAGAGCCAGCGCCAGUCGCCCUGGCGCAUCUACUUCCGGAAGGAGUUCUUCACACCCUGGCAUGACUCCCGGGAGGACCCAGUCAGCACUAAGCUCAUUUACCGCCAAGUCCUCCACGGAGUCUGGUCGGGCGAGUACGGCUUUGAGAAGGAGGAAGAGCUGGUGGAGCUGCUAGCCCGCCAUUGCCACGUGCAGCUGGGUCCCUCUGCGGGGAACAAGGCCAUCCAGGAGCUGCUGCCUGGCUGCGUGCCCCUCAGACUGUACAGGACCAAGUCCCCUGAGAAAUGGGCCAGCCUCGUCAUGGCCGCCCAAGCCAAGGGUCCUCCCUCUCUCCAACAGGUGCAGGACACGCCUCAGGCGGUGCGGGAGCAGGUAGUGGAUGCCGCCCGUCUGCAGUGGCCACUGCUUUUCUCUAGGCUCUUCCAGGUCAUCCCGCUCUCUGGUUCCCACCUCCCCAAGGCGCAGCUGGUCUUGGCAAUCAAUUGGAAAGGCCUGUACUUCCUGGACCAGCGUGAGAAGAUACUGCUGGAACUGUCCUUCCCAGAGGUCAUGAGUCUGGUCACCAACAGGGAGGCCCGGGGCAGGCAGAGGCUGCUGCUGACCACCCUGCAUGACGACUAUGAGUUCGUAUCCCCCAGCUGUGUGGCCAUCGCCGAGUUGGUGGCCCUGUUUCUGGAAGGCCUCAAGGAGAGGUCCGUGUUCACCAUGGCCCUGCAGGACAGGAAGGCUACAGAGGAUGCCACCCUUCUGUCCUUCAAGAAAGGAGAUUUGCUGAUCCUGACCAAGAAGCAGGAGCUGCUGGCCUCCGAGAGCUGGACGCUGGGCCAGAACGACAGGACUGGCAAGACGGGGCUGAUGCCCACCAACUGCCUCUAUAUCAUCCCCACACUCACCAAGCCCUCCGCGCAACUGCUGAGCUUGCUGGCCAUGUCCCCUGAGAAGCGGAAGUUGGCAGCCCGGGAGACAGGGCGCAUGGAACCGCUGGCCGAGGAGCCACCUCAGGAAAUGCUACACACCCUGGAAGAGUUCUCUUACACGUCCUUCAGGGCCCCCGAGAAGGAGACGGUCGGCAGGGCCCUGCCCUCCCUGGCCCGCAUGCGGGGCCACCUAUGGGCCUACUCGGCUGAGCCGUUGCGACAGCCACUGCUUAAGCGCGUGCACAACAACGUGGAGCUACGGGAUGCUGCCUGCCACUCCUUCCUGGCCAUCCUUAAGUACAUGGGCGACUACCCCUCACGGCAGGCCUGGUCCACCCUGGAGCUCACCGACCAGAUCUUCUCAGGGGCCUUGCAGGAGGUAGCCCUGCAGGACGAGGUCUACUGUCAGAUCCUGAAGCAGCUGACCCACAACUCCAACAGGUACAGCGAGGAGCGUGGCUGGCAGCUGCUGUGGCUGUGCACAGGCCUCUUCCCGCCGGGUAAGGCACUGCUGCCCCACGUCCAGAAGUUUCUCGACACACGCAGGACCAAGCCUCUGGCACCCGACUGCAGCCGCCGCCUACAGAGGGUCCUGCGGACAGGGCCCCGGAAGCAGCCGCCGCACCAGGUGGAGGUGGAGGCCGCCGUGCAGAAGCUUUCCCGCAUGUACCACAAUGUCUUCCUCCCCAACGACACGAGCGAGAUGAUGGAGGUGGGCAGCAGCAGCCGAGUGCGUGACGUGUGCGAGGCCAUUGCUACCAAGCUGCAGUUCGCCUCCUGGGAAGGCUGCAGCCUCUUCAUCAAGAUCACAGACAAGGUGGUCAGCCUGAAAGAAGCAGACUUCUUCUUCGACUCCUUGAGGCAGAUGUCAGACUGGGCAAAGAAGAACAGGCCCCAGAAAGAAGGGGCCCCGGUGACGCUCCCCUACCAGGUGUACUUCAUGCGGAAACUGUGGAUCAAUGUGGUCCCAGGCAAGGACAUGAACGCAGACAACAUCCUGCAUUACCACCAGGAACUGCCCAAGUACCUGCGUGGGUUCCACAAGUGCUCGCAGGAAGAUGCCGUAAACCUGGCGGGCCUCAUCUACAAGGCACAGUUUGACAAGGACCAAUCCCAGCUGGCCAGCGUUCCCAAGAUCCUCAAAGAGCUGGUGCCCAUGAACCUCACGCGCCUCAUGUCCACAGAGGAAUGGAAAAAGAGCCUCCUGCUGGCCUACAACAACCACAAGAGCAAGACGGUGCAGGAGGCCAAGGUGGCCUUCCUCAAGUGGAUCAGCCGCUGGCCCACCUUCGGGUCCGCCUUCUUCGAGGUGAAGCAAACCUCAGAGCCCUCCUAUCCAGACAUCAUCCUCAUCGCUAUUAACCGGCGUGGUGUUCUACUGAUCCACCCCAAGACCAAGGAGCUGCUCACCACGUACCCUUUCAACAAGAUCUCCAGCUGGAGCAGUGGCAGCACCUACUUCCACAUGGUGCUGGGGAGCCUAGGCCGGGGCAACCGCCUGCUGUGCGAGACCUCUCUGGGCUACAAGAUGGACGAUCUGCUGACCUCCUACGUGCAGCAGCUCACAAGUGCCAUGAACAGACAGCGGGCCCCUGGGACCUCAGCCCUGGGCAGCCCAUAG